AGAAAGGGAGAGAGAGAGAGAGAGAGAGAGAAAGAGAGAGAGAGGGGUAUAAAAGAUAAAGAAAACAAAAACGAGAAAGUGGUGCUAUCCAGCUGUGUGUUAUGAUCGGGAGCAUAAAGGCGGGAAGAUGCUCGAGGUUCAGCGCUCGGACUCUUUGAGAAAGGGAGAGGCCUACGACCCUUCCAGCACCCAUUUACUACCCCCCGUAACGACCGGGGCUUCCGUCUCUGGGUGGAAGCCCGCCGAGAGAAGCGUCUCCUUCAAUCGAGACGUCCACGUCAAGAGGAUCGGACGUGGUGCACCGCGCGUGGCCGCGGCUCUCGUAGGAAAUGGGGAAGGUAGGUUGAUCUUGAGCCCGGUGCAUAAGGAAAAUAUAUUAUCGCGCAGCAAGGAAGAUUUAGCACAGGAGGCAGCAUUGGUAUUGCAACAAGUUGGUAGCUUGCGUUGCGUAGCACACGACAAUAGACGUUUACCUGGUAAAUUCAGCACGUUGCCAGCACGACGAGGUGGGAACGUUAAUAAAAAACGUCCAGAAUUGCCGUUAGAUGUAAAGAGACGUAAGAGCGAAGAAAUCGGUGCGACAACAACGACUACGACUACGACUACGACAACGACAACGACGACGACGAAUAGUGGUGGUGGUGGUGGUGGUGGUGAUGGUGGUGGUGCUACUGCUAGUGCUGGUGGUGUUGAUAAUCAGUUGUCUUGGACACCAAAAAUUAUUAAGAAGAAAACAUUGGAGAGAAGCAACAGCGAUGCGAGUUCGAAAAAAUUGAAGGGCACGUUGGCCAAAUUUUUUUCCCCGAAAUUAGAAAGAAAAAGGAAACCGGUUGGGCGCAGCGUGAGCGACGCGGGUACGUCCAAUAGACAAUAUCGUAAAAGAAGCGGUAGCGAAAGCGAGGGCUCGCAUUUGAGUGGUUCGGCACGAGCAAAGAAACAACUAUCGCCGAUAAUCGAAGCAUCGCCUCAGGUAGAUCAGACGCAACCGUUUCAUUUUGGAGUUGUCGGGAAGGAGGAAGGUAGUAAGCCUAAUGCUAAAAAAUCUAAGCAGGAGGAAGGUGGUACAGAUGUCGAGAGAAUAAUCGAACGGGUCGAAAGGAAGGAGAGGAUCGAAGAAGAGAUUAUUACCGAGAUCUCUCUCGAUCGAACGAUCGAAGACCCGAGGAAAGAUAAUAAACUCGUUGAUAGGCAGAAACGGGUUGAUAUCACGAAUGAUAAGGAUCGUAUUACCGGUGAAGAGAAGGAAGUGACGGGUUCUAAAAGGAAGACGGAAAUAACGAAUCGUAUCGCGUCGCCUGAACGAAAACAGCCGGAGGAGGAGGAGGAGGAGGGGGAGGUCGACGAGGUCGACCGGGUCGGGAGCAUGCUGCACAGCAGCAGAUACGAUCUUCAGAAACGAGGCGAGGAAUCGACGAUCAACAAGAUGAUUCAUCGAUUGACCAACGAUCGUUCGCCACCGCCACAGCUGACGAGAACUAUGGUCUCCCCGGGACCUGGUUUUGGACAUAACAAUAAUCGACCAUUCUCUUAUACAAGGCCGAACGAUUCCUGCAGUCCACCACCCUCGCAAACUAACGUUAUGUAUGCUCAAGUGCAAACGGAUAAAAAGAAAGCUCAGAGGAGUCAUUCCGAUAGCGACGAAGGUUUGGGUCUCGAGAGAAAGGACUCGUCUCGUGAAAAUAGUCCAGCCGAGAAGGAAUAUCGUAGAACGGAUUAUUCUUACAGUAGCGACCUUAGGCGUAACAACGAGAUCAAUAAUCUAAAGUCUCGUUACGAGGAAACCCGCAAGAGUACGACGACAUCACGUUUCGGUAAUCAUUUCGGUGGUUCCAAGGAUUUCCUUUCUUCCCGAGACCUGGACAAUCGGUGUCCCGAAGACGAAAUAGAAUUGGAUCGACGUUACGAACCGGAGAAAUAUACUUCAACGAUUUUCGUUGAUACAAGUGGUAGAGAUAGCACGGAUCUCACCACGAGACAAAAUCAUCAAAGUGGUAUAUCCAAUAAAACGUCGGAAUUGAGCGCCAGGCGUGAUCUUUUAGAAUCUAGGAUCAAAUCUAGGCUACUUGCCGACGAGAUGUACGCUGCCAAAAAUACGGCAAACGUAUCGAUCAAAAAAUCCGAACACGAGAUUAUCGACAAACCGAUCGUCCCGUCUCCGGUUACGCCUAAUAGAAUAUCAUCGCCUAAACGUUACACCGAUACUUAUAUCACGGAAACUAGGACCAGCAGCAACGGGGAAAAAUAUAUUUUUGAAAAGCAAAUACACGAGGACAACGGCAAAGUUUACGGAUACGAGAAGAAAAUAACUAAUAAAAUUCCGUCGGACGGUUACGUUGAAUCAAAACCGAGAGAUGGUUAUACGGUUGAAACUAGGACGGACAAAUACGGGGACAAGUAUAUCGUCGAAACGAGGACGCACGGUAGUUAUGCGGACGACUUUAAACCGUUUCUCAGCGACAGAAGUAGGACUAGCCCGGAAGAAAGAUUCGAGAAUGGCCGAAAUCAUUUGGGUGGUCCUUACAAGUCUACUAAUUAUUUAGCGGACGAAUCAACGAAUCCAAGAACGAGUCAUUACUUCCGUAACGAUCCAAAGGACACCGAUACCCUAUCCUCGCCGAUCGUGGUAAGAAAAUUUACCGCGGAAAGGAAACUUUCUAAAAGCGAUGAUUUCCUUGAUCGUGAUAUACGUCCCAACGAUAAUCUAUCAAAAAUGAAUAAAAAUUUCGAAUCGAUACGCGGCAUGAGUAAAUCGACCCAACGUUUGAACGAAUUAAACGACAAUCCGAGGAUUUUACGAAACGAAUAUACCACGAGGUCGCACGAGAAUCUUUGCAGUCACGUCAAUUAUCCGAGUACAGGUGAUACGAAUAUAUCGAGAAAAGAGGAUAGAUCGUCGCCGUUCGCCAAAAGACAUCUUGACAUUUUACGAGAACGGCCGAUCGACGAUUACGACACCGAUAUCUCGCAAAUGACCAAUAGCCAACUGGAAUCGAAGUAUUACAAAGAGACUCGAACCACCCAAAGAUAUAGCAACGGGAAACAUCCGAUUCACGACGAUUACGAUAGUUCACCGCCUCGCAUAAGAACCGAUCGAACAACUGACCCGAACACUGCGAUACGAAAUACCGAUCCCGGUGUCAGUGGUCACAAUUCGAGUCGUUACGAUUCCGACACGACUGCCAGGGAAUCGAUUCGUCGUGAAACAAGAUACGACGAGCGUACAACUCUUCGUACCAAGGAUCACCGAAACGGCAACGUUCACGAAACCGAGCCGAAAAAACCAUUGAGAAGAUCGCGCAAUCAUUUGGAAUAUUUCGAUGAUUCUGAUGCCCGCGAAAGCCCGCGUGGUAAAAGUUCUCUAGACGAGACACCACCUACUAGACCGUUGCGAAGUUAUCACGAAAAUGGUAAAUCCAGACACGGUAGAACCCAAGAAACUCGGGCAUACAUGGAACAACGUCGUUAUAGGGAGACGCGUUUGAGCGAUCCAGACAGGAAAGAUCGACUUGCCGAUUCUGGAAUCGAAAAUGAUUACAGACGGGACUCACAGGAAGCCGAUAGACGCGAAACGAUCGAAUCGGAGGACGAGGGCUUUGCUAGUAGGCAAUUUAUCAAAAACGAGAGAAGGCAUACCGAUAGGAAUAUGAAUUUAACUCCGUUAGAACAACGAAAAUAUAACGAAAAAUAUUCGAAUGAUAUCGGUAGCGGUAAAUCUAACAAUGGAUUGGUCACGUCUAAACCUCCCACCGGUGCUGAUAAGAAAUACGAGAAAAAAGCUGCCAAGAAAAGUGGGACCAUGAGCAAGGUUAAACAAUUGUUCAGUAAAAGAGAAAAGAAAGCAAAGGAAGAGAAGAAUAAGAAGAAUUCCAGAAGUGGUAGCAGUGGUGCACUUACGGACGACGAGGUCACGAUGCGUUAUCGUGAAUAUCGCGGAGAUCGACUUAGGAGUGCCAAGAGCGCUAGGGACCUUGGCAGCGACAUAAAUCAGGAGGACUAUAGUCAACGAAGACGAUUAUCCACGCCAAGCGGAAGUCCAAGUCCACCGAGGCCAACAAGGCUCUCGAGAUCUACCGGUACCCUAACCAGAGACGAGGACUCCUUCUGCGAGUCGAGUAACACGCUCACGAGAGAAAAUCAAGGACAAGAGGCUGAAAGGAAGGGAUGGUUCAAAUCUUUAUCACGAAAAAACAAAUCCAAUACAAAGAGUGUGGAUAAGAAACCAAGAAUACCAGAAAGUGAGAUCUUGACGACCGGAACGGAGGACGAGGAGGCAUCGUCCGCACCGGAACGAGUUUCCGUUCAAAAGAAUCUUCGCUUCUUCGGCGACACCGAUCAGGAAUCGGUCUCAUCGAACCGUGAUCACAGGAACAAACGUGUCGACGAGCGUGGCUGUACAAAACGUGACGUCAGCAAUUCGAACAGGAGCCAUAAUCUCGGCAUAGUCUCGCCACCAAGGAAACCACCGAGACUUGCCGAGAGUGCACUUUCUUCUGGUGAGAGUACUACCGGUGACAGCAGUCAACAGAGCCAAAAUUCCCAAAGAUCGCAGAGAUCAGUCGUGUAUUUGCACGCGACUACGAUCGGCGAAAUACCCGGACCGAACGAACGACGUAGAGCAGCGAGUCGAGAGGAACUCAAUCGACCUCUGCAAUCGCACACGAGAACCGUGUCUAGGAGCGUGAGCGUUUUAGCUCCUUGGAAACCGAGACACUACAGGGAACCUUUCGAAAUCAAUUAUGAUCAACAACAACAUCAAAAACCAAUGAUGACUUUAAGACGUAGACAAAGAAGUCGCGAGACGCUCACUCGUAGGGGCAAGGAAGCCCGACGAAGCAAAGACAAUCUUUCGAAAACCGGUACGAUCAAUCGCAGUACGUUGAAAUCAAAGGACAAGCAGAAAGUGGACAGGACCGUUUCCACGGAAUCGUUAUCGACGAAAUCUCGGAGCGUGAGCUCGAAGCCAGAGCUCAGUAGGUCAACAUCCGUACCACGUGAUCCAAACAAGAGCGCGGGAUGGUUUAAGAUAAAGAGCAAAAAAUCCCGGGCCUAAAGAAAAGGCCAUUGAUCAAUG